CUUGGGGUUUAAGCCAAACACUUUCAUGGUUUUUUCAUUUUCAUAAAGGGUUUUACUUUUUCAGAUUUCAAACACAACAAACACAAACAUACAUACCCAACAACAUUAACCAAACAAUUCUCAAAAUGGGUACUUGAAAAUCAUGUUUUUUUUUUGUUUCACAAAAAAAAUGAGAAAAAGGAAACUUUUUUAUGUGAUGACUGAAUAUACCCUGAUCUUGCAUUUAUCUUGAAUUUUCAUAAAGAUUUGAUCUUUGAAGAAUAAUUGAAGAAUAAUCUGUGGCUUCUAAAUUGAGACCGGUACGUGGCGUUGAAGUUUAUUUGAUCAUUCCUUAUUUUGGCAUGGUUUCUGAGAUAUGGUGGCGCAGAACAGAAUAAAUUAUGGAUUUAAUGGCUAUCAGGUGCCAAAAAAGCCUCGUGCCGCACGAUCACCUAGGAAGAGGGAUACAUUACAAAGAAGUGUGGAAAACGAUCGAAUGUGUGCGAUUGACUUAUUGGCCACCGUAGCUGCCGGCACUUUAUUGCAAGAGAAACAGAAUCCAAUCAUACCUAGUGAUGGAUCACCGAAAAAAGAUCAGCAUGGAUUUGUUAAAGAAGAAGAUGAAGAUGCAAAUACACCAUUCAAAGCCGAGCUUCCUAAUGAAGCAAGUUGUGACAAAAGGCUUCAACAUGGAUUUGUUAAGGAAGCAUGUGCGGAUGCAAAUAAGCCAUUGAAAGCCGAGCUCUCUGAUGAUGGAAGUAGUGAGAAAAAAUGUUUCUCUACUCUUUCUUCACAGGUGUACGAUCCAAAUUUCUGUUCGAAGGAAAAUCUGCAUCAUCCUGAAAUCGAUGGUCAAUCAUGCAUUGCUUCUAUAGUAACAAGUUCUAGUUGCUCGGAGAGGUUUGUUACUGACAAUAUGGUCGAUAGAAAAAGCCAUAGUGAAAUGAAAAAUAUUACUAGCAAAGUUGAAUUAGGAUCUUCUGGAUAUCCAGAUUGUAAUGAUUGCAACUUAGAUGUUCAUGUAAGUAUAGUAAAGGACGAGGUCCAAAAUUCCGAGAAGGUGCCAAUCGGUACUUCGGUUGGAAUGUGCUGUUUUGAGGAUCCCGUGGAUGAAAAACCUCAAGUGCCAGUCAAUUUAGGUGGCAAUGCCAAGUUGUCUGGUUAUGAAGAUAGCACGCCUCAUAACUCUUUGUUCAAAGGUUGCGACAAUGUAACAGUAGUUGGUAGAGAUGAUGACGAAAACUUUUCAGGGUGCUCUCACCCUAGUUCAAAAACAAAGACCUUUAGGUCAAAGACUUGUAUAGGUGACCAAAGAAUAAGGAAAAGAUUGGCUUCUAAAUAUCGGAAAGUUGCUCGAGAAUCAAAGCACGAUACACUUUCUAACAAUGUAGUGGAUAGAAAUUUCAACACAGUUUACAGCAAUAGGAAGAACAGUUAUAAACGCCAACUAUCUCAAAUGAAUAUUCCUUUCAAGAAGAGGAAGAUUUUUGACUGCAGCUCCACUUCAAAUUCUAAUGGAUAUAUAAGAAAUGACAACACUUAUUAUUCAACCAAGAAUGAUAUGAAUCAAGGCGUUUCUUGUUCAUCUGCUCGGAUACGCAAAGAUCCUGGAAUGUCAUCCUUGGAAGGAUAUCAUCGUUCAGCAUUACGAUCUAGAGAUUCUCAUGUGAAGCUUAGGAUCAAAUCAUUUAGAGUGCCAGAGCUUUUUAUUGAGAUUCCAGAAACUGCAACCGUCGCGUCCUUGAAGAUAGCAGUGAUGGAAGCGGUGACUACUCUACUUCGAGGUGGAUUGCGUGUUGGCAUGAUUCUCAAUGGAAAGAAACUUAGAGAUGACAGUAAAACUUUACUUCAGACAGGAAUUUCUCAUGAUAAUGCGCUGGAUGCUUUGGGCUUCACCUUGGAGCCUAAUUCUUCUCAAAGCCUACCACUCACAUGCGCUAAAGAUUCUCUUCAUGUUCCGAGUGCGGACAUGCCUCUAUCUUUAAUAGGGCAACCUUCCAGUCCAGCUGUAGUUCGUCCGAUUCAGAGGAUUCAAGGUUUCUGCGACACCGAGCAUCAAGUAACCAGUUUAAGUAACAUUGUUGAAAGUGAACACGAUUCAGCACCUUCUCCUAUAAGCACAAUAGGUGAAAAAAGAUUGACAGAUUCCAAAGAACUUGUUACUAUUCCUGAAAUGGAUACGGAGGGACUAGCUGUGCUACCAGUAGAGCAGAAGCCAAAGCGAACUGAGAUGUCACAACGUCGCCGAAUUCGUAGGCCUUUUUCUGUUGCCGAAGUGGAAGCACUUGUUGAAGCAGUUGAGAGACUCGGAACUGGAAGGUGGCGUGAUGUGAAACUUCGUGCUUUCGAUGAUGCAAAGCAUAGGACAUAUGUGGAUUUGAAGGAUAAAUGGAAAACAUUGGUACACACGGCAAGAAUAUCUCCUCAACAAAGAAGAGGAGAGCCUGUACCCCAAGAACUUUUGGAUAGGGUCCUUACUGCUCAUGCAUAUUGGUCCCAACAGCAACAAACUAAGCAACAUCAACUCAAGCAUCACCCUGAAACUUGCCUUCUACUUUAAUAUAGGGGGGGUGUUAAUAGCAAUGGACCAUAUAUGACUUUGUAGAUUGGUUUGGUUAGGUGUUCAGGUUUCUGACCCUUGAUUACCUUUUUCUUUUUUUGUAUCUAUGAUGAUGAUAUACAUGUUUACCAUCACUUUUUUUUUUGGGGUACAAUGCUAAUUGUUGCUUUAAUCUAUAUCAUAUGAUGUAAAAAAAUAUAUACUACAAGGAAGAAAGUGAAGCAUAGGGAGAGAAUUUAUGUGUAAUAUUCUCUUUGCUCACAUCAUGGUUCUUUCCCUUUGUGGAGAGGCUAUUUCUUGUAAAUAAAUGGUUUAUGCAAUAAAGGGCUUGGUUAAUAGAA